AACUACACUUCUAACGUUUGAGAAACUACAUGGACAGCCAGUAGAGAUGAUGGAAUAUGACUACAACCAUUUUAGAAAGGAAUCGGACUUCCACAAUAAAUGUUGUGGCGGAAUGUUCUGGUGUAUAAGGGACAUCUGCGGCAUCAUAUGUGCAAUAUUGACCUGGCUUCUAAUAUUAUAUGCAGAGUUUGUGGUCAUAUCAGUGAUACUUUACCCUAACCCAAACCCUAUCUACUGUGUGAUCAAUACGGUUAUAUUCCAAACAUGUGCAUUCUUAGCGUUUGCUUCACAUCUUAAAACAAUGUUCACCGAUCCGGGUGCAGUACCGAAAGGCAAUGCAACCAAGGAAAUGUUGAAGCAAAUGGGGCUCAGAGAGGGACAGAUCAUUUUUAAGUGUUCCAAAUGUUGCAGUAUUAAGCCCGACAGGGCGCAUCAUUGUUCGGUUUGUCAAAGAUGCAUCAGGAAAAUGGACCAUCACUGCCCCUGGGUAAAUAAUUGCGUGGGAGAAAAUAAUCAAAAGUACUUCGUACUAUUCACAUUCUACAUCUGUGUUAUAUCACUUCAUUCCUUAUUCUUAGCUAUUAAUCAAUUUUUAAUGUGCGUCAGACAUGAAUGGAGGGAGUGCACGAGCCACUCACCCCCAGUCACAAUUGUUUUAUUGUUAUUUUUAAUGUUUGAGGCUCUGUUGUUUGCAAUAUUCACUGCAGUCAUGUUGGGUACACAAGUGCAGGCGAUUUGGAACGAUGAGACUGGCAUUGAACAGCUGAAAAAAGAGGAAGCCCGAUGGGUGAAAAAAUCACGUUGGAAGAGCAUCCAAGCUGUAUUCGGCCGGUUUUCCCUGCUGUGGUUUUCCCCUUUUGCCAGGCCAACGAAAUACAAAAGUGAGAUGGAUUUCUAUUCAGUUUAGAGCAUCGGUACUUAAUGAGGAUGCUGGAAUAACCUUUCAACAUUAGAGCAAACGGCUGAACGCAUGCCAGUAAAUCAGUGCAUUUGAUUGUAACUUGUUGACUGACCAUGUGACUAUAUGGAACAACUGCGACUGUGAACACUUUUUUAACCUUAAGUUAUUUAUUUGCGAUGCUUGUGCAAUAGCUGGUGGAAUGUAUAUAGUUUUCGUGUUUUUAUAUUACGCAACCGAUUUGUGAUUGAGUAAAUUGCUUGCACAAUGUCUAAACGGAAACCUUUACGGGCAUAUCUUAAAACUGAGAAAUAAAGCUAUUAAUAUUAA